GCUUCGGCAAAAUUAACAUUUAGCCGGUUUGGAUGCGGGCAGUUUUUUUGGAAUUUCACUGAUCAUUCUUCCAUCUGGUAUCUAUAACUUUAUACAGCUCUUAAUUAACUUGCAAUUGGAUGUGGCUUCGCUGCAAUAGUUUCUGAUAAUAAUAAUUAUUAAAAGUGAUCACAUUACGAGUAUGUACUUGAGUGGCGGUUGUCCUGCGCAUAUUUAACAAGCACACCAGAAAUGCCAAGUUCCAACAGCAGUAAAUACACGAGAGUGGACGUUGUAGAAACCCCUCCAGUAAUCCUGCCAAAACGGCUUGCCAGCGCCAGUCCAGACAGAAACAGCAAGGUAAAAAAUGGAUCACUGAUUACUCCGCUGCCAGUGUCAGCAAUGGACAGCACGCCGAACGUGCCGGUAUCGAGUACUGCGCGGCUAUAUGUCAAUCCUAGCGGAUCAUACACACUCCGUAUGCAACUAUCCCAGGGAUUCCUAUCAGCCGCUUUACUAGUGUCCAGUGUCAGCCAGCUGCGGAACCACAUCUUCCUAAAAACUCAUGCCUUUUACCAGCAUGUUUUUUGGUUAAUCGUUGGCUCCAUCUGUGGACAAGUAGCCGCGGCGUUAUGUUUACUCUUCUCGUACUGGGCGCGCUCCAAAUUGGAACCGAUUCAAACGCUCCGCAAACGCCGACCACGCUGCUGCGUAUCGUGUGCCGAUGGACUGGAGAACAUCUAUAUGAUAAUGACAUUUUUUAUUAUGGCGGUUAAUGUCUUCAUAGCGUUGUUUGUUGGUGGCGGGGGCGCUGAUGAAGCUGCCGUAUUUCCAGUUACAGCUGCGGCGCAAAGGCAGUCGGAAGUUUUUGAUAAUUUUACGAGCAUAACGCCGUCUUUGUUCGGCAACGACACCGGUUUAACAGAACUGACUGCCACCACGGAAUGGAAUACUAAUGCAUCAUAAUGUGGGGCAUUUUGGACAUGCUAAUGCUGCUCCAGUUACACUUCCGUACAUGCAGCAAAUCAUUUACAUGACAUAAAAUUGUAAUACGUUUAGAAUAACCGUGUAUUUAAUUCCGACUUAUUACCAAAGUAUC